CUUGCUUGUUCAUAUAUCCGCCACGUGGCAAUUCCCCUGAAAAUUGGCGACGUUUUAUUAGACCGGUAAGUAAAACAGACGCGCUGCGCUCUCUUUGGCAUUUGAGUUUGACUAUUAUCUUCUUCACGCGCCAAAAAGUCAAAAAACUCACUCUUCGCUCACUCGUCGUAUACAUACAUAUUCAAUCCAAAUCUGAAGAAGACUCACUAAACCAUAAAAAAAGAAUCGUACCGUACCGAAUCGAACCGGUUUUGGUUUGGUGAUGGAGGGAUCGUCGUCAUCAUCAUCGUCGAUGCAGUCAAAGUACAAAGGGGUGAGGAAGAGGAGAUGGGGGAAAUGGGUUUCGGAGAUCAGACUUCCCAACAGCAGAGAACGUAUUUGGUUGGGAUCUUACGACACCCCCGAGAAGGCGGCGCGUGCCUUCGACGCUGCUCUCUUCUGCCUCCGAGGGAGCGGCGCGAAUUUCAAUUUCCCGGAUAAUCCUCCGGUUAUCGCCGGCGGGCAAAAUAUGUCGCGAACGGAGAUCCGAGAAGCGGCUGCGAGGUUUGCUAACGCGGAAGAGAAUGUGGAGAAGGAGGAAGAGCAAGAGUGGGAGUUGGUGGAGAGUGUGCUUCCGACGGUUGGGUCGGGUAACUUCGCUUCGGAUUUCGGGUUGUUCCCCGGGUUUGAUGAUGAUGAUGAGCUUUCUCCUACGCUUUAUGAUUGCUCCGUCUAUCUUUGGAACUUUUGAAUCCAGAAUUUUACUUUGGAUAUAUAUAUGUUUACUAUUUUUGGAACAUUAUUUC